UGGCGGCAAAUUGUAUUCUACCGCCCAUCUCCGACCAAUAAAGAUGUUAGCUUUUCAAGGUGUGAAGACAAAAGUCUUAUUUUUUCUUGUUUUCCGAGAAAAGAAAGUCUCAUUCUUUCACCCACGCUUCAAUGGCGACGGAGUACGAGCGGAAAAGAUUGGAGAACAUAAGACGGAACGAUGAGAUGAUGGCGGCUCUCAAUGUGCAUGCCAAAGCUGCUCUUCUCUCCGCCGCAACCAAACGCCCCCGCAACAAAUACGAGAAGAAGAAUGCUAAACCUGCAAUUAUCCGAAAGUCUCAACGCACCAGAGGCUUGAAUCCAGAAUCCGGUGGCUUACCCGAUGGGUUCUCAGACCACAACGCAACGCUUCCCCGCAAGUCAUCAGCUCCUAUGCCAUUCGAUGUGGCUUAUGAAGGAGAGGAUUCUCUUACGCAAUUUGUUGAUACUCUUUUGGGUAUUGCUAGAGGACCAUUGUUGGUUAAGGUCUGUGAGGAUGAUAACGAGGCUCCUAUGUUGAGCACUAGAAGUUCUAAUGUUGUUGUCAAUAGGGAGGAGCCAGAUUCCCCCAGAGAUCAUGUUAAUAAAGUUGAUUUUGAUCUCGAGUCUUUGAGUUUAGAACCGCAUAAUGUAGCACGUGUUGUGCCUGGAAGAAUUUUGGUUGCAAAGUUCUUGCCUUGCGAGGAUGUUAAUAUGAUUGCUGCAGGGGACGCACAUGGGAGUGUUGGGUUUUGGAAUUUGGUCAAGGAGGAAGAUGAUGGGAUCUACACCCCUCACACUAACGUAAUCUCAUCACUUGUGUUUCAGCAAAACUCUUUCUCAAGGGUCAUUAGCAGCAGCUAUGAUGGUCUCAUCCGGUUGAUGGAUGUAGAAAAGUUGGUUUUUGAUUUGGUUUGUUCGCGGGAUGAAGCUAUAUAUUCGCUUUCACAAAGCCCAAAUGAUGAGCAAAACUUAUACUUUGGCGAGGGAGAGGGAAUGUUCAAUAUAUGGGACCUCCGAGCAGGAAAGUCAUUUUUCCACUGGAAAAUACAUAAAUACAGGAUUAAUACUAUUGACUUCAACCCGCAAAAUCCCCAUGUCAUGGCUACAAGUUCUGAGGAUAGGACUGCUUGCCUUUGGGACUUGAGAUGCAUGGGAGCAAACAAACCGAUAACAUUGACUACUGUACAUCAUGGCAGAGCUGUGCACUCUGCUUACUUCUCACCUUCUGGCCUUUCACUUGCAACUACAAGCCGUGACAACUAUGUUGGUAUUCUAAGUGGCCGCAAUUUCGAGAAUCCUUCGAUGAUAUAUCACAAAAGUAGCACCAACAGGUAUAGCUCCAAUUUCAGGGGAGUAUGGGGUUGGGAUGAUUCAUACAUAUUUAUCGGCAAUCUGUCAAAAGGAAUUGAUGCGAUCAAUCCAAAACUAAAGCAAACAGUAAUGUCACUGGAAAGCCCACUGAUGAAAGCUAUUCCAUGCAGAAUUCAUUGCCAUCCUCUUAAUGUUGGGGUGCUUGCAGGAUCCACAGCUGGAGGACAUGUCUAUGUUUGGACAACAAAGUAGCAUACUUGACCAAUUUCAAUUAGC